AUGGGAGACAAAAAUAAGCCCAAGUCUGGUGUUUGGCCCACCAUUAAGCCCUUCGUCAAUGGCGGAGCCUCUGGUAUGCUUGCUACCUGUGUCAUCCAACCAGUCGAUAUGAUCAAGGUGAGAAUUCAAUUGGGUCAGGGAUCGGCGGCCCAGGUCACCAGGAACAUGAUUAAGGAGGAGGGUAUCGGUGCUUUGUAUAAGGGACUCUCUGCUGGACUGCUAAGACAAGCUACAUAUACCACAGCUCGUCUUGGAUCAUUCAGGAUUCUGACAAACAAAGCAAUUGAGGCCAAUGAUGGGAAGCCCCUACCUCUAUACCAGAAAGCCUUGUGUGGGCUAACUGCUGGUGCCAUUGGAGCAUCUGUUGGAAGUCCAGCAGAUUUAGCUCUCAUUCGUAUGCAGGCCGAUGCCACUUUGCCUGCUGCUCAGCGCCGUCACUACACAAAUGCUUUCCAUGCUCUCUAUCGUAUUGUUUCAGAUGAAGGGGUUUUGGCACUUUGGAAAGGUGCAGGCCCUACUGUAGUUAGAGCAAUGGCAUUAAACAUGGGAAUGCUUGCUUCUUAUGAUCAAAGUGUUGAGUUUUUCAAGGAUUCCCUUGGAUUUGGUGAAGCUACUACAGUCUUGGGUGCCAGUAGUGUUUCAGGAUUUUUUGCUGCUGCUUGCAGUUUGCCCUUUGAUUAUGUGAAAACCCAAAUUCAGAAAAUGCAACCUGAUGCUCAGGGAAAGUAUCCAUACACUGGCUCUUUUGAUUGUGCCAUGAAAACCCUGAAAGCAGGAGGACCAUUGAAAUUUUACACUGGGUUUCCAGUAUAUUGUGUUAGAAUUGCCCCCCAUGUCAUGAUGACAUGGAUUUUCCUCAACCAGAUCCAGAAGUUGGAAGCAAACUUUGGGUUGUAG